AGUGCUCACUAACACUGGGACCUUCAAAGCAUUUAGAGCACACAUGUGAAGCUCUCAUCUGCUUAACUGGUGAGGUGGGCUACUGCAUGUGACAGGGGGAGAGGUGAGAGAAAAAAGAAGAGGAAAAUGUGAGUGGCAAAAAGUGUUGAUGGUUAAAGAAAAAGGGGAAGCUGGAAAGUGUGAGGCAGAAAAAGUGAGUGUCACAGAUGAACAGAUAGAAGAGGAGGUUGAGUUUCCAGGAGCUGAGCGAAGAGGAGAAGGCUUUAUCUGUACUUUACACGACACUUGGACUGGACUCACAAACAGCCCGGUGCCAUGUGUUUGUAUGACACUGACUUGAUACACUGACUUACAGGAGGAGAAAGAGCACUAGGAGUUCUCAGGAGAGAAGGAAGAAAAAGCAUGUUGAAUUGUUUGAGCUGAAGGAGGGACACUGAGCUUUACCUGGAGCUGCUUGCAGCCUGAUCACUAUGAGGGAGCAGAGCUUUUGCUUUACACAGUGGAGGAAUAUCAGUAUCAGAACAACCCAGAAUGCUGAGGGCCUGACAAAGGCCUACUGGACUUGACAACCUCAAAAAAAGAGAAGCCGGAUGGACGAUAGAGGACAUAAGGAAGACGAUUAGAUAGAGGAAAGUAAGGCUAGAGGCAAAGGGUGAGAAAUCAGAUUUGAAUGGGAAGUCAAGCCUGAGAGUGAAGGUAGGCAGAGAUGAAAUAAGAAACUCUACUAUCAGAAAUAUAAGCGGCAGGUAGGACAGAGGAAGACACAGGUCCAGCAGACUAGCAGUCAAGGCUGAUCCAGAGGAUAGGCGCUGUCAGGGUUUGGAGCUCAGUAGAUUCAUUAGUAGUCACAAUGUUCAUGAACUUCCGUCGUAUUCGCAAGUGCCAGUGCAUGCAGCUGCUGACCACAGGCCUGGUGCUGUGUAUAGUGAUGGUCUGCUGGGAGGAGCUGGACCAUCAUGUUGUCAGCCACAUGAGAUCGUACACGUACCGCUACCUGGUCAACCGCUACGACUUUCUCAAUUCUUCCUUCGCCAUCACCUCCAACCCUCACCACAAAAAGGAUGCUUCUAAUGGUGCAGACGGUGGUUUACGGAACUAUCCAUACCUCAUCAACCACCCGGAUAAAUGUGGUGGAGAAGGGAAAAGCCGGGAUGAUGUCCUUCUGCUUCUGUUUGUAAAAUCAUCACCAGAGAACUUUGAGCGCCGGCAGGCCAUCAGGGACACAUGGGGGAAUGAGAGCUUUGUUUGGUCAGAGCUGCGGGCAAAUGUGAGGAUGGUGUUUGCCCUUGGCGUGCACCCGGAUGUCCAGAAGAGAUCCAGGGUGCAGAGCGCACUGCUGCACGAGGACAAGGUCUAUGGAGACCUGAUCCAGAAGAACUUUUUAGAUACUUUCCACAACCUGACUGCCAAACUGAUACUGCAGUUCCACUGGGGCCAUGAGUACUGCCCUCAGGCACACUUCUUCAUGUCUGCUGAUGACGACAUCUUCGUCCACAUGCCCAAUUUGGUGAAGUACCUACAGCAGCUCCUGAGUAAACAAUCUGGGGCUAAAGACCUGUGGGUGGGGCAUGUGCAUAGAGGAGCCCCUCCAGUUCGCCGUAAAGACAGCAAAUACCAUGUUCCCUAUGAUUUGUACCCCUGGCCUUCCUACCCAGAUUACACUGCUGGGGCGGGGUACGUAGUUUCAGGGGAUGUGGCCGCCAAGAUCUACCAUGCUACUCUGAUGCUGAACUCCUCCAUGUAUAUCGAUGAUGUCUUUAUGGGAAUCUGUGCCAAGGCCAUGGGCGUCUCUCCCCAGGAGCAUGUGUAUUUUUCAGGGGAGGGCAAAGCUCCAUACCACCCAUGCAUCUAUUACCACAUGAUGACAUCGCACGGUCACGCCAUGGAUGUGCGCUUACUAUGGCAGGCAGCAACAGACCCUUCAGUGUACAACAACUCCAGAGGGUUUAUGGGUAAUCUGUACUGCACAGCAAUGAGAGUGAUGCUGCUGUGUCUGCCAUUUUACCAGAACACUUACUCCUGUAUGGCUGCGUUUGCCUAAAUGGUCUUAAGAUGACACACAGACUGCUGAAUGCUAAAUGUACCACACAAACAAAUGAAGGUACCUCACAUGAAGUCUGCCAUGUUUUUGCUCUGUUUCCAAUAUAUAUGCAAAUAUUUCACUGUUUGCUGGCUAAACCAUGUAUUUGCUCUCAUGUAAUAAAGACCAAAGCUGUUCU